AUGAGUGUCCCUCCCCUCGAGUACCGUAUCAAACAUCUGCACGAACGUCAAUGGCUACACAAUAGCUGCUACUUCGCCCCGUUUUACCCUCAACCUACCCAAUUCCACGGCACUCCGUUGGAGUCUCUCUCCUAUGUGCCUCGCGACAAAAUGAAUAUGAUCCCCAACGAGGAGUCUUGCUUCCGAUGUGUGCACGCCGAGAGCUGGGCAGGACUCGAAGAGCGGUUCCUCACCGCCAUCGCAUGGUUGGAGAAGUGGAUCUCCACGAUGGCUUUUUUGCCUCAGACGUUCAUGGUCAGGUUUUUGCGUCCGUUCGAUCCACCCUCGUCGUUCUCCUACAUGGAAUGGACCAGCGAGACCCUCGCUCGCGAUAAUGCUUUCGCUGCGAGGCGUGCGCUCGUACUCCUUGCAACCAAACUCGCGUUCUUGGUCGCCAUGGUCAAUGAUACCGCAAGCAACCCAGACGCCUGGAGCACCAUACUUGAAACUUACAAUUACGGUCCACGUCUGGACCCCGCGUUCGUCGACGUCUUGUCGAAGUCGUGGGUGGUUCGGAACGAUCGCAGUUUGCCCAGGAUCGGGUUCUAUUGGUACCCGGGGAGUCUGCUUCCGGACUGCUCUUUUCGAUUUUUCAUCAACGCCAACGUACCGAUCUACAUUUACUGGGGUGACGCACAGACCCUUCUUUUGAAAUUGCCACGCGAACUAUCGGCGGACCUUCGACCCACACCUGAACAAGCUCGCAGUGCGAUCGACCUGACAGGCCACCCACUGUCCCCCGCACCCCGCCCGCGCCGUUCUCGUACCACGGCCGCGUCGACGUCGACGUCUGUACCUGGUUCUUUCCCGUCGCAGGACGAGCCGUGGAUUCCAAGCACCGGCUUACCGGCCCCUUCGUCUUCCAACUGGGGGACGCCGGGAAAUUGGGCUGAUCCUUCACCUGGUUGGGGAUCAAGCGAUUGGCAUUCGCAGGACUGGGGGAUGAGUACCUGGGGAACUGCGUCACCGCCCCGCCCGUCCACACCGUAUCAGCCCGUACCGCGUAUGGAGCCUUCGCUGACGGAGUACGGCAUCGUACCGGCAGUUCGCCCGCCGCAUAUAUUUGGCAACACACAGGUCCUCGACGCCCAGCGAAACCACGAGAAGAAAAGGUAUCACGCCGGGGAGGUUAUACCCAGUCUUCGAUGGGAAGAGGGUCAGGAUUUCCGCACUUUCCACAUCCGUCGCCGCGAUUACCACAACUAUUAUAUCAACCACCUCGAGAAUCCUCGACUCCGCCAAAGCCGAUUGUCCCGUGAAGCCAACGCAGCCAGAUAUCCUUUGCCUUCGCAAGGUGGUACAGCUGUAAUCUUUGAGUGGCAGGACGGUAUUCGUCAGAGGGUUCCUGAGUGGAAUCGGGAAACGAUAUGGAAUGACUUGAGGAACCCUUGGAAGAAGAAGUAUGACUCCGUCCUCGACGAAUGGGAUUUAAGCUAUGACUUUGUUACCCAUGGCUCCUAUUGGAAGAAGAAGGAGGAGGAGGAGAAGCGCGAUCCUUAUGCCUGCAUGGACGAAGACGAAGACUAUGUGUCUGCUUACGGUGACGAGGACGACAACCCCGAUGAACUCGUUCCUACACCGUUGUACCGUGACAUUGACUUCAACCCCCCCCUCCCGCCCGGGGAACCCGAGCCGAUGCGUGUGCCCUCACUGUCGGAGCCCGCUCCGGCCUCAGCUUCGACGUCCAGGCCGAUGCCAACGCCGCCCUCGCCCUCUGCGCCAGCCCUCACGCCCUCGUCGUCUGCGCCGGCCCCCCCGCCAUCGUCGUCUGUGUCGUCCCUGCCCUUGUCUGCGGUGUCGUCAUCGUCAUCCCAAGUACCAUCGUUGUUGUCGACGGCGUCGCCAGCCUCAUCUUCUGCGCCACCACCGACCUCUCCGACCCAAUCAUCUGCGUUCCCGCUUCGGUCGACUACGCCGUCCACUUCGACUUUGUCAGGUCCCUCGUUCGGGACCGUGUCGGGGGCUUCGACGUCUUCGUGGGUGCCUGUAUCGGUAUCGCCGGAUGCGUCGUUGGUUAAUACUACCCCACGCGGGACGACGCCUACAGCGUCGCUGUCUUCGGAUGUGGAUCCGAUGGACAUCGAUGCCCCUGGUCCUCCUAGUCUCACUCCUGCUCCGUCGGAUGUGGAUCCGGUGGACAUUGACGGGACUACCAAUGCCCAGGAUGAUGGUGCUGUCUUCGUGCCUAACCGACGACGUCCCGAUCCCAUGUUUUUGGACGACAUGACGUUCCCCGUGAGGCAUCCUCUUAGACUGUUGCGGGAGCAUUUCGGUCUUCUGCCCCUCCCGGGUACAGCUUUCCCCGUUAAUACCACAAACCUCCAGGUCGAUACGUUAUAUCACGCUUAUAAAGUCCUGGGGUACUUCUUGCCGGGUGACCGUGAGGAACAUCUCGACGCUGGUAUAUCGGCUCAGACCGCAAAUGAGGUGCUCGGGUUCAUCGGGUCGCUUAUCCUCGGUUCCAAGAUGUCGGCCCCUGCCAACUCAGCCUUGUUCCCUCCGCCCCCGUCAUGGCUAUACCGGUUGGAAUCAUCGCACAUACUUCAGAUGAGGCUGACGAACAACUGGCGCUGCGUACCGGUUCAAAAUGGUUGGGCUCUGCGGUCCCUUGGCAUCGAGGAUCGUUGUGUUGUUUACCUUCAGGAUCCCGCGUUCGUUCUGGAGAUCAUCACCAGCGCCAUGCAAGCCGUUGAAGACGUCGCCGUCUGGUUGUUGCAGAUGGGUGUCCCUUUUAAUCUACUCGACCGGAGGAAGAGGCCGUCGUCGCGGAAAAUCGUGAUCCACUCGCCCGUCCGCGUCAUACGGGAUUUUCAAUCGUAUGUGGACGACCUAAGUGACUACCUGUCUUGUCGGGAUCAUCGCAAGGUCCUUCGUGCAGCGUUCCUAGCAGGCGGUAUAAUAUGGCGCAUCGUCCAGCACAUGUACGAUGAGUCUGUCGCGCUCGGCCCUCCGUCGGAUAGAGCUCAUCAUGACAACAUCGGCCUUCACAUUGUCGUUGACAACGUUGAAUACGUCGACGACUUGCUGACGGCUGAUGAGAUCAAUCUCAUCAUCGGCAAACAUUCCUCCGGAACUGCGUCAUGGUGGCCAUCGCCUGAUACUUGGAAUGGAUCUUCAAUUGGUCGAGGAUGGUGGAGCGAAAAUGCCGAGGACUUCUUCCAGCGCCGCCUUCUGGAUUGUCGAGAUCCUCGCAGAAGCCAGGUGCUGAGAAAUUCAGUCUGGAAAGAUGUCUUGAAGGCGGAUCGACGCGUCAAACCCGUGCUAAAUGCAUUGAAGAUACACGCCGAGAAAGCGCUUGAAGCUGUCCUUUAG